GAGGAUAUAACAACAGAGGAAAUGGAAUACAAGCUAACGAAUCCACAGAUGCAUCUCUUUAUGUGGGCCGUUUUGACGGACUCUCAUGAAAUGGCCAUAGCGCUGAUGAAUCUCUGUCCGAAACGAACUACGCUGGCCGAAAUGGGUGCCACAAUGAAUAGAUACAUGGCCAAAAUCUUGCCCGCCGAUGAUCGAGCUUCCAAGCAGAUCUUAGAGGAGUAUGCCGUUCAGUUUGACAAGAUCGCCGCGUCGAGUUGA